GGAGGACAGAGGUAAGGGAUGCCGCUGGCACGGGGGGGCGCGGGCUGCACGGGCCGGGGCUCCCGGCUCCGGGACGUGCCGAUGUCCUGCGCAAGGUGACAAAGCGAGACGGAGACGUGGAGCUACCUGCUCGAGGUGCUGUACCAUGUCCAGGUAGGACACUGCCAGCGUAACGAGCAUCCCAAGAGAGCCGCCCCCAGGCCUUGAGCUCGGCUGGCUCCUGUGCUUCCUGCAGCAGCCGGGCGAGGGAGAAGAGCUGGGAUAGCCCGGUGCGUCCAGUCGCUGCCCACAGCACCCCGAGGAUGGAUUCCAAAGGCAACGUCCGGAGCGGAAACAAGCCCGACGCCAAGGCCGCCAGCUCCGGGAAGCCGGAGAAGCCCAACCCCGGGCCUGCCACAAAUGCAGACAAGAAGGAGGCCCCCAAAGAGCAGCCAGCUCCUGCCACAGCCACCAAGAAGGCGGGCGGUGACGCCGCCAUCUCCAACAACCACAGCAACCUGAAACCCAGCGCCGCCGCCACGGAGACGCAGGAGGCCAGCGGCCAGUCCCCUGACUCUGACCACAAGGGAAACAGCUCCGAGGAGUCCCCGGGCAGCUUCUUCGACAACAUGAAGCCCUUGAUCAUCGUCGGAGGAGUGGCGGUGGCCGCGCUGGCUGUGAUUGUGGGAGUGGCGUUCCUAGCCCGGAAAAAAUGAAGACCGAGACGGGGUGGGGAUGAGAAACCCAGCCCAGCUGUACAGCUCCUUUUGAGACAAAUGCAUGCAGAGAAAUUCUAUACAUAGCUAUAUAUAUAGAGAGAGAGCGAGCUAGAUAGGUCAACAACAAACACCAACUGCAACUCCGGGGUCUUGUUCAAGACAACUGUGCCAGUCUGACCCGCUGUGGGUAACUCCAUGCACUCAGUGUGUUCUUUCAUGUAAUAUAUCUUGGCUUAUACCACUGUGUAUAGAUGACAGCUUCUCCUGAUCGGUGUAAAUGACGGUGUCCCCUCCCCUCCCCUGCUGUCCUCCCUGGGAGACACCCUCCCCCCCUUGCAGUCCCGUUUUCAAGUCCAAAGUGUUCUACGUCCCAUUCGGAGUCCCAAUUUGUGUUUUGGUUUCUGUUUGGUUCUCUUUUAACUUGGGCUGUGGUAAAGAAGAUGGAAGGGGAGUGCUAAGGCCCGGCUCGCCUGUGAUGCUGGGCUGGGGGUGUUUUCCCAGCCCCCCUGGGAUAAGGGAAUUGCGAGGGCAGUGGCAGGGAAGAGGCAGCUCCCUGACCCAGCAGCCACGGGCGAUACCUGGUCGGUGUCUGUGUAUCUGCUGCUCAUCAUCCCAGCCUGGGAAGUGCUCUGGAGGAACCAGGGUGGCUGCAGGUGGAGGCUGCAGCGUGGCAGAGCAGAGUGUGAGCCUGGGAUGUCACAUCAGGUCACUCUUCCGGCUGAGUCAGUGGGACAGUGACCAGAGGGGCUGUGCUGUGGCCCGUAGAAGUCCCAUUGCAGCCUUCAGGAUCCCAGGGCUCACCAGGGUCACAUGGGCAGAGUUUGGGAUAGAGAGGCUUUGUUUUGGAUCUAGUAUUUCCUAAAGUUAGGCUGGGCUUUGCAGGGUGCUGUGGCCUCAGUCCAAGCUCUCUCGAGGUUGGCUGGACUGUGUUCUUUUUUUUUGGCUUUGGAUAAGGCCUUUCACUGGAUUUUUUCCCCCACUGAAGGCUGUGGUCUCAGCACAUGGGAAGACAAGAGAAGGGGGAGACAUGAGCUGGUGUUAGGGGCAGAGAGGGCCUGGGACCCCAUAGAGUUACCCCAGAGAGUAACACUGACUUACCUGCUUUAUACCAGGGAAACCCCUUUCAAGGGCACAGGAGUCUGUCCUGGGUGGAUUUCUUAGCUCCCUCUUGUGACAGUAGUAGCUGGGAUUUGUAACUCGUCCACACUUUGGAAAUGGAAACAAAUUCCCAGCUCUUGGGAGCAGCCUGAUUUCAUGGGUGAGUACCUUGGCUCUAAUGCCAGACCUUGUGAGGGAGAGGAGAGAGGGUGUUUAGUGCUUUGGCCGAUGCUCAGCACUAAACAGCAAGAGGUGAGAUCUGCCUCUGAAAGCUUCCAUUAGGCUUCUGUUGGUUGCUGUAAAACAGAGUGUUAUAAAAACUCCUUACAUUUUGGGUUUAAGUCGGGUCAGAGAUUAGAUGAGGUCCAGUGGGAGCUCGGCAGCGGCCACAGCCCAUGGGCAGGGGCAGGAGUGAUGAUUAGAAAGAGGCAGUGACACAGUGGGGUGAGUUCUGUUACAGAGCCCUCAUGCACCUUUAACUGAGAUGGAUGGAUGGAUGGAUUCAGGGGCUGCAGGGAUAGAGGGAGGUGUGCAUUCCUCGGGUGCUGCCUAAGCAUUGUCUGCCUCUGGCACAGUCCCUGGAUGGGUCAGUGGGGGGCUAUAACCUGGCCUGGUAAUUCUUCUCUUGGCUUAUGUGUCUUAUUUACCUCCAAAUCUGACCUGCUGAAUGCACAUGGUCUUGGAAUGCAAGGCUACUCCUCUGGUGAGCUCAGAAAAUAUUCCCAAAGGUGUAUGUCCUCUGGGAAUAUCAGACCCUGUGUGAUAUUCCCAGACUCUUCCUGGUGCAGUUAGAGGUUGAUGCCUCCACCUUUGCCAGCACAGAGUGAGGAGCAGGCCUGUUGGGCUCACAGGAGUUUUGGAAAGCAGGGCUACAGCUCCAGGUAAGAUCCUGGAAGCCUAAAGCUCUUGGCAUGAGAUGUGGAUGUGUCUCCCAGCAGGACAGUGUCACUUACAGCCUGGGGAAUGGUUAGAAGCAGAAGGGUCCUCUCGCUGCAGAUUUCUGAGGCACAACUUUGCAGGAAAAUUUUCACAGGGAGUUUUGCUUACAUUGCUCAGAAGGAAGGGAAAUCGCCCCCUCCUGCUCUGGUUCAUGUUUUGCCGAGUACGGUAGUGAUUUUCAGACAGUGACUUCUGUUUUCAAAACAUGUUUCUACCUUUCCUGUCCCCUCCCUGCCUCUCAGCUCUGGCCUAGGAUUGUUUUUAGCAGUGUAUGAUGUUAGGCACAGCAUCUAUCUAUUCUGCCCUGACCAGCAUAGAUAGAUUGGGGGAAGAAAGUGAAGCACCUGCUUCACUCGAGUCUCCAGUUUUACUUUCUAAAACGUUUUUAUUUCCUUGUCUUCACCUUUGGCAACAGAAGAGGGGAAAAACAGUUCUCAGCCAAUGGCCUUAACCUUUUCUCCACCUCCAAACCCCGCCUGCCCUUAGAGCACUCGGAUGCAAGGCCACCAAUUUCAUCCAGAAACACCACAGAGGGGGAGAUGGGGCUGCAGCUCCUCAUUGGGGCACGUCGCUCAGUCGAGCCCUCCCUGCAUGGCAAACCUGGUAUGUCCUGUUUGUAAGGGAUUUUUGAACGUGGUCUGUCUGGUUCCCGAGGGAUUUUCCAGUUCCUGUGAUCACUUAGCUGUCUGCUGUCCGUGUUCAAGACCUGGAACCCACCUCUUUGGCAGUCUGGUUUGAAAACACCUCUGUGUGUCUGUGUGUGUGUGCCUCGAAGCACAUCCUGUGUAUGUGUGUGUACAAAUCUUCAUGUUGUAUUGCUGCAGUCUGGGAGGGGGAGAGAAUCCAAGCUGGAGAAGCCCCUUCCUUCGUUCCCUGCAUUCAAACCAAACGUCUGUGAUGUCUUUUCUGUGCCAUUCCCACCACGCCAUGCAGCUCCUGAAUUCCUUUCCAGUUGUGGUUUCUCCUCGGUGCAAGGAACGUUUGGCUGGUGAAGUGCUGAGUGUGUGGUGUGCUCGGAGCCCCGAGCCCCUGCUUCCCCUCACUCCAGGUAGUCCUGUGGGCUCUUUGCAUUCCAAUGAGGCACCUUUAGACUAUCCUGGACUGUGCUGUAGUGCUUUUCCAAGCAUGGGUCUAGUGUUGAGCCGGGCAGGUCCAGCGUAGAUGCCACAGUGCGCCGCAGCCCUGACUUGCAAACACCUCCUGUCCUGCCUUACUGUGCCAGACCGUGCAGUGCUUUCGUACUGAGCCAAAAAUGUCCAGCGAGCACCAGGUCGAGGGAGCAAAUCCCCCUCUCUCACCCCCAAAUCUGUCGAAGCAGAAGGCUUAAAUUACUGACCUCGCUGUGCUAAAUAAAUAGUUGUCUUUUCUCGUACUGAGCACACGCCGUUAUUUGCUUGAUGUCCUUCUUUGUGUGGUUUUUGUGGUAUGAAGUCCUUCCAGUGACAUCUCAGUGGGGAGAGUGAAUUAACACUUAAAGCUAAUCAGAGUCUGUGCUUGGGGUUUGAAGAGAUCUAGAUUGCUAGUUUACUCCUUUGAUCAAGUCGAUAAAUUAAAUAUUGGCAAAACUGGUUUCAGACCUUUCAGCUUAUCACCAAAACUCUCGAUUGAAUCACUGCACCCGAUCUCAAUCUCUUUUUAGGGAAUCAUAAAUUUUAGUUGAAUAUAAAGAUGUCAUUUUGCUGUCUUGGACAACUCAGUGGAAGGUUUUUGCUGCUUCUAUUUUAAGAGAGAUGAAAUGGAUUAUGCUUCUGCUUCCUCUUCCUACUGAUUUAAUACCCUGUAGAUAAGUCCUGUUAUUCCUAACAGUGCUGCAGCGGGAUGAAAACAAAUCUGGCAGCCAGGGGAUAAUGCAGCAGCAAUUUUGGGAGGGUAAGAACUCAUUCCUGCAGGUGCUGUUUGCCUGGGGCUCAUUUAAAGCACUCAACAGUCACUUGCCCUGAAGCAUUUCCUAGUUCCCUCGGGCUGGGUGAUAAAUUAAACAUCCAUUUUUGUCUGGUGGACUAAAGCUUGAAGGUUGAUCCAUAGAAUACUGAAAACAAGGGAAAUUUUUCCAUUGGCUUCACCAUGCUCUGGCCUUUGAGUUCUUGUUGGCACCAGGGAUAUGAUCACAGGUCAUCAUAAAAUCAUCUCAAUCACACAUUUAUUUUUAAAUUGACACAAACGUUCCUUAGGCUGAGCGUAAGGAAAGUCUCUUCUCCGAGGCAGCCCUGCUUAUGCUGGCAUCAGGAUUUGUGUAUGAACAACAACAGUGCAACCAAAAACCCCUGGAGCUGGUGAGAAAUGAUUCAUGCCUUAAAAUAUUCCCUACUUUUCCUGGAAACGCUACUGGGGCUUAGAAUUCAGCAGUCUUCUACCUAUUCUUAGAAUUGGUCUAAAAUAACAGUGCUGAAGAUUGGAGAGGAAAAUGAUUCUUUGAGAAAUGAACCCAAAAAAGAAGGCAAUGAAAAAAUAUGUUUGAAAGGUGAAAUUCUUGGAAUUUCAAUCAGUUCCAUGGAAAGCUUCAAGUCAGUGAAGAUUCUGAGAGGGUGCAUGGAACAGAGCAGAGAAGUGAAGAGAAAAAAGAUAAUUCAGUAAUGCUAACAGCUUUGGUAAGGACAUGCUAGCUUUUAUAUCCUUUCCCCCCUUUUUUAUUUUUUCUCAGAAAAAGGCAAAAAUGACAAGCUCUGGUGCCAUGCAAAUUAACCUCUGCUAAUUGCCUUUUCCAGAUGAAUUCCUGCUGGCUCUGUGCAAUGUUAAAGGGUUAGAAAAAUGCCUGAAGUUUUCUACAACCAACUUUGUCUGAUUAAGGGGAAUUGCCAGGACAUUGGGAGGGGCGGUGCUCUCUUUUCAUGCGCUUUGCUGUGACAAGGGCUGCAAAUGCAGCCUGCACUUCCAUCCUCCUGGUCCGUCCUUCAUGCUGGAGCAGGAAUGCUGAUUCCCUUCCCUUGCUGUGGUGUCCUUCCCUUCACCACAAAGCUGGGAGAGUCCACAGGGGCAGGGAGGAGCAUCACGUCACGUUCAUGAGCUGCCUGCAGUUCUGCUGCACAUGCUGGGCACUUCCCACCAUGAAGAGGAAUUGGCUUUGAUCUGGAGCAUAACAGUUGUGUAUUCCAGUAUAUUCUCACUGCAGGACCUUGGAAUUGGGAAUCUUUCCUGCUAUUUACACAGGAGGUAUUUGGUCCUUUACUCUCUUGGGGAGAAAUCUGUUGAUGCUGAGGAUCUCUUGGCACAUUUGAGUCUUAUGAGUGACACUCAACUGACAGCCCAAAAAAGCCUUGGCGCCUUUGCCCCCAUCCAGCAACCCUUGGGGGGUUUAAUCCGUGGAAUAAAAUGGGUUUAUGAUGAAUUUUUCCUCUUCUUUUUGACACUAUCACUCCAGCCCUGUAACCUGCUUUCCUUGUAAGUUCCCUAAUUCCUGGGAUAUCUGUUCACACCAGAUCUUCAGCUGCUACAAACUACAGGGUUCCACUGGUUUCUGAUCUGAUUCAUUGCUAUUCAUUGGUAUUUUCCUCCUUUGGCCACUGCACUGUAUUCCCUUUCCUUUCCCUACUUUCUUCGCAGGCAGCUCUGCAGAUGUGACCUCUCCAAAGCCUGUGGCUGGGGCAGAUUUUGGGUUGGCUAAGGCAGGUUUUAGGUAGCCUCCCAAAAAUACAGGCAGUACUGGACCCCCAGACUGUGUGUCACAGCAGGGAAUGUGUGAAGCUUUGAUCUGCCCUCACCUCUGAGGGUCUAAUUCUGCAAGAGGCUGAGUGCUCCUCUGCCACAGGAUUUUUAGUGGAUGACAAAUCCCCAGGAAGGUCCCGUUCUUGUCCUUCCCUGUCAGUCAGGUGUAAGGUGUUCUGGCUGCACUUGGCUGCAGCCAGAGCUCCCUCAGCCCUCUGGAGCACCAAAAACAGAGGGGAAAAAAGAAGUUUUGAAGUUGAGGACGUGUACUUCUGCUGGUCUGGAAGGAUCAGCUGUUGUGCAGGAAGUGCAAGGAUUGUCUCAUCUGAAUGAGCUGAUUAGGUGUCACUAGGUGAUAGAGAACUGUGGGACUUCUGGGCCUCUAAAAUUCACGUUUCAUUCAAUUGACCAUAAUAGACCUCAAAAUCCUGUGAGAGAUCAGAGCCUUUGGUUGAGUUUGGAUCUACCUUGUGCUACAGCUCUGCUCCAUCCUCUGGACAGUGUGUGCUCGGAUAUGCAGUACUCUGGGACUUGUGCUCUUUGAUGCUCUUCAAAUUAAACAGAUUUUUUUCUGCUGAAAAGCAUAGCUUGGGUUAAAUAGGCUUUGGACUGCCUGUUCCCGUUUCUCUUCUGGUUGCUCCCAGCUUGCAAUUCUCAGAGAGUUCUAUCACCUUUCCAUUUCUCAGAUGCACAGCAUCCCAAGCAUGAACAUACAGGUUCUUUCUGUCUGUGUGAUGAUGCUGCAGCACCACAGCUCCCACCAGCACAAGAGGAAUCUUUCAUCUCCUUUCCAACAGUCAAGUCCUGCAUCGUAUCCCUGGUUUUGCCAUGGCUGCUUCAAGCAGCUUAACUUCUGGGGCAAGCUGAUGAGAACAAGGGUGCCACAAAAUUUUGUUUGGUUACAAACCAACCAACCAACAAGGGAAUAAUUUGGCUUUACUGAGUUUUGAGCAGCCCUUCAUAACCCUGGUGCCUUUUCCCAGGACUGUUUCAACUGAAGCCUUUAGAAGUUGCAGUUUCACCUCCCCGGGAAACCAACUCUCUUCCAGUGGUAGGUGCAGGUUGGCUAUAAGUUUGUGGAGGAACUAAAAUUGUAGGAAGGGAACUUGAAAGUCAGAUAACAGGGGAUUUUUAUUUUGUUUUUGGUUUGUUUGGAUUCUGUUACUUCUCCAGGGGCUGAUCCAAAGCCCUUGGAAGUCAGACUGAAAUGCCUGCUGUUCCUUUGGAAGCCUCAGGCACCUUUCCAACGACGUCAGUGGGUUUUGAGUCAGCUCCUGAGUGUGUUUUCCAAAUGAUAGGAAUUUUCCAAGUGACACCUUGAUUUCUUCCCUGUACAACCAGACCUGCUUACACAUCUUUACCUGUGUUCAACAUACAGGUUGGGUGUUUUUUUUUUUUUUUUUUUGCUCUCAGAAAUAAUAUGCUGCUAGACACAUUUCCUGGAGGGAAAUGGACACCUACCUACACACAAAGCUAUCCAGCUAAUUUAUACCUUGUUGAAUUUAUAAUCUUGUCUAUGCUUCUAUGGACACUUUGUAUGGGCUGCAGCUCAAAUCCUAAAAUAGUCAAGAAUUUUUUCCUUUCCCAUAUAGUAUUCUAUUUACUUUGACUUUGAAAACAAAAAAAGCGUAUAAAUGCAAUAAUGCAGGUAGACUAGAAAUACUAGAUUGAAAAUUUAAAGUAGUUUAGCUUGUCCCAUUGUGACUGACAGUGUUGUACGACACCCAACGCUGUACCCUGACAUUUUCCAGGCUUUCUCCGUAGCUGAAUCUAGUAUUAGCUUUGGAAACCCAUUGUGUGAGUGGUGGGUGGAUGGGUCGGAAUCGUGUGCUCUCUACACACUGUAUGUUACUCACAUCACAAGCUGUAUGGCCACUCCAUAUGCUGUGAAACUGUAAAUGAUUCCCAAAUACACCUGUAACUCUUACCAGGAUUGUGAGAAAUAAACUAUAUGUAGAUAUAUA